GAAGUAGCAACUAUGAGGAGAGAUAGGCAACAACAGAAAAAUUCUGGGCCAUACAAGAAGUCACUGUGUUGAAGUCCUGUCCCUGUCAUCUACUGGGUAAGCCCAUUCCUUCUCCAGGCCUCAGUUUCCCCAUCUGUGUCAUGAGUGAGCUGGGCUAGGUGAUGUCUCAGGGUGGUAUUGUCCAGAUCCUGACCACAUGGCACUGUCACUGGAGAGAGCAGAGCCAAGCUGGUAGGCCAGGACUCCAGGCAGAAGGAGAAUCUCAUGUCCAAGUCCAGGCAACCCUAGUGAGCUCUCGACCCAGACCAUCGGGGGUGCUUCUCUCCCGAUGAGGGCAUCAUUCGCCUAGAGAAGAGGAUUGUGGCCCCACUUUCAGGAUGAUCCCCAAGGAGCAGAAGGAGCCAGUGAUGGCUGCCAUGGGGGACCACGCUGGACCAGUCCCUUUGCUGGACCUGGGCAAGAAGCUGAGCGUGCCCCAGGACUUGAUGAUGGAGGAGCUAUCCCUACGUAACAACAGAGGAUCCCUCCUCUUCCAGAAGAGGCAACGCCGUGUGCAGAAAUUCACCUUUGAGCUUGCAGACAGCCAGCGCGCGGUUGCCAACGGCCCGGAGGAGAACUGCCACUCUGAACUCUACACCUUCCAUACUUCACCCGGGGUCCCCGAGGACGCCCAGCCAGCAGCUUCCCAGGCCGAGCGCGCCCGCAGCCCCAGCGCCCUGGCGCCAGGCUAUGCCGAGCCCCUCAAGAGCGUCCCGCCGGAGAAGUUCAACCACACGGUCAUCCCCAAGGGCUACCGCAGCCCGUGGCAGGAGUUCGUCAACUACCGGGACUACCAGAGCGACGUCCGCAGCCACACCCCUAGCCCUGCUGAGUACCGAAAUUUCAACAAGACCCCAGUGCCCUUUGGAGGACCCCUGGUGGGGGACACCAUGCCCAGGGCAGGCACCCUCUUCGUCCCGGAGCUUGUCAGCGGCUUGGAACUCCUCCGCCUCAGACCUAACUUCAACAGAGUGGCCCAGGGCUGGGUCCGCAACCUCCCAGAGUCCGAGGAGCUGUAGCCCCAGCCUGAAUCUUCAAUUCCCCGAUCUCAGACUUCGGGGAACAUCUGGAGCCAAGACUUGUGAACAGCACUUCACAGUAUAUGAAGGGCCUUCACACACAAAACUUAUCGCAAAUGGCCUCAAAGGUCACAAAGUUCAGUAGUCUUUACAUGUGAUGCUUAGAAAGUUUUUCCUUUUACUGAGAUGCAGCUGGUCUUUAUCUAUUCAUGCUCUACACAUUUACUCAGUACCUACUAUGUGCUAGACACUGUGACAGGGAGGGGGCCCAGGCCCUGGCCUAGAGUAGGAAAAGACAGCAGGGAAGACAGAUUUGUAAAGCAGUAAAUUAUCUUAAUUUUCCCUGAAGUACACUAAUUGACAACUGAGGAACAAAGUGCCGUGAGGCAGAGGAGGGGGGUCUCUAGCCCUGGGUGUGGGGUGGGAUUCCAGGAAGCUUCCCAGAGGAUUUGAGUGGGACCUCGGAGGCAUACGAGUCCAUCGAGGGAAGCGGGCAUGAUGGGGAGGGCAUUCCUGGUGAGUCAACCCGCGAGUGCUGGGAAAGUGCAGGUCAUAGGUGCAGGGCAUUCUGGAGAAGGGAGAUGGCUAUGUCAGAGGAGUUGGUGACUCCUUAGGGGGCCAGGGUGCGGUGGGCUGUACUGAGAAGAUGGACGACGUUCUUAAGCCAGGGAGUGAGGGGUCUCGAUGGCUGCUAUGUGGGGCACAGAUUGGAGAGUAAGGCAGGAAGACUUGAAGGCACAGGUCUGGACUAGGGAGGUGAGCAUGGGGAUGGAGAGACUGGGCACCGUUCUGGAGGGAGGCCUGGCCUGGGGGGUGGAUUCAGCUGCAGUUGGCUCUCUCAGUCUGACGCUGUUUCUGAAAAAUGCUCCUCUGGCUUGGGCUGCAUUAAGUGCGCAAGUUCAGGGUCCACAGACAGGAGGGCGGAUGCAAAGUGGGGCACUUACAAAGACCCCUUCCCACCUCCUGCCCACCGUUCUGAGCAGGCUCGGAGGUAGAACUUGUCCUAGUCCUCAGCAGGAGUAGUUCGGGACUCACUAGGAAGGGGAGAGAAAGCAAUGCCUCUCAGUGCAAGUGAUGAUGGUGGUGGUGGUGAUGAUGGUGAUAGCUGCUUUUUUUAUUGGGUGCCUCAGUGCUCAGGCUGGUAGUAGAUUCUCUAUAAAUCCUAUUUUUAAUUUUCAGUAUAACCCGAAGAGAAAGGUAUUGCCUAUUAUACAGAUGUGGAUAUCCAGGUUCAAAAGUGGGAAGUGGCUUGUCCAGGGACAGAGCCCAAUGGGACUGUGUCCGAUUCAAGUGGAUGUCUCUUUAUUGCGCAGGGUGGCUAAGCCAAUGCCCACUCUGGAGUCACCUAAUCAUGGUGCCCUGCCUUAGCGUUUAGAGGUUAAGGGAGCAGGCUGGGGAGUCAGACUGGGUGGGAUGGGUUCUAACUGCCACUGUUAGCUGUCAAGCAAGUCAUGUCUCACCUGUGGGCCUGUUUCUGCGCCCGUAAGAUGGGGGCAAGAAUAGAAGUCCCUGUAUUGGGUUGUACUGAGCACAGCGGUGGACAGUACAUAACAGGCAUUCGAUCGUUAUUAGGCUUCAUGUAACUAUCACUCUUAACAGGAACAGACGUUUUUGCAGUGGAUGCCACUUGAGAAGCAGGCUGCUAGGAUGUGACUGGGGGUCAGUGAGUUGAAGCCUGAAGGGAAACCUCUGGUCACUGCAGGGCUCCCUGUGGACAGGAAUGACCUCCCCUUGCCUCCCUCGGCCUCCUCCCUGACUCCCUCUCUUGGGCAGAUGAGAAGUUCAGGGAUCUAGCUGGUUCUCAGGUACAUGGGAUAAUGGUUGUAUUUUCCUUUUGCUCUGGACUUGCACUGCACCCCACACAGUCUCAAGGGGCCAGGAGCCAGAACCUUAGAACUGCUUACAAUUGAUGUGUUGCCUUAAAUUUGGGCACUGCCUUUGAAAGGCAUGUUUCCAUGGGCUGAAAACCAACCAUUAAAGUGUCUGAAACAGAAGUGAGGAUUUGAACCACCUUGGGUUGGCUCUAGAGGGUCAUGGCGGCCACCAGGUACAGAAGAGAGCCUGGAGGGGAGCCUGCUGCACCCCAAAGCAAAUCCUCAUUCCUUUCUUCUUCUGAUAAUAUGACUCGCACUCAUGUUGUUUAAGAAAACAAUGCUUAUUGUAAAACAUAAACAAAUAAAGGAAGAAGUAAAACAGAAAGCUAUCUGCCCGCAUAGCUCCUCCUACCAACAGACCUUCCUAACCUCCUGCACUCGGCCCCUUUCCCACAUAUCAGAGGUAACCAUUGGUAACAGCGUGGUCCUUCGAGAAUUCUAGGAUUAUUUGAAUAGAUAAAUAUGUGCAUGUGUCUAGUUGCCCAAGUGCAAAGAUAUGUCUUUGUGUUCAUGGGAUCAUAUUAUAUGUAUUAUUCUGUAUUUUGCUUCUUUAUUCAGCCAUAAGUAAAAUUUGGAUCCUGAAAAUGCACGUCAUUAACCUUUCAUAUAAUUUGGGUGCCUUCAUAUAAAACUCUAUACUUUUGUCUGUUUUGUUCUUUAUAUAAAUGAAAUCACACAAUGACAUAGAAAUAAAAAGGAUGGAGGGUUGCCAAAAUGUUGGGAACCUGACAUUAGACAUGGCAGCAAUGAACACGAAUGACCUACAGUUACGCGCAACAAUCCAGAGGCAUCUCAGAAACAAAACGGUAAGCCAACGAAGGCAGGUCCAUACGUAUGUGUUUACUGAUGCAAGGACAUAUUUAAUAAAGUCAGGACAGUGGUAACUUUGAGAGGAAAGAGCAGUUUGUGACUGUGACGGGACACAUAAAAUGCUUCUGAGAAAGCUGGAAAUUCUCUAUUUCUAGAUCUGGGUGAUUGUUACUUAGACAUUC